AUUGACGUUUCUUUCACUUGGAGAAUGGCCGAGUCCAUUGCGUUAUCUUUAUAACUAUAAUAUAUUAUUUACACACUACCAUUAUAAUGAGGUGACGUGGAUCUAUUAAAAAGCUUAUAACUUAUGCAUUCCAGUUGAACACACAGUAAAAUAAUCACUAGUGACAAUGGCCGGGGCGCCGGUAAAAUUGGGUUCAAUACUGUCGUUUUGUGUUGUGUUCUAUGCGAUAUAUUAUAGAAAAGAUAACUUCGAAGAUGUGAGACUGUCUCCAGUGAAAGAACACCUGUUAUAUCUAGAAAAUGAGAACAAAGUAGGUUCUGGAACACAUCAACCCAAGGUGGCACUUGGUUAUGGAGCUUGCCAUGACCUCUUUGUGAACGCAACGUCCUUGUUAAAUCCAAAAGAUUUAAAGGGGGCUCCCGAACAUUUUAACGAGAUAUCCAGUAAAGACGAAUUUUUAAAAAGUUUUACCUACUUUUUCAAACAUGGUGCUGCUGCUGAGAGAUUUAUGUCUAACAGUGCACUAUAUGAUGAGCUUGUACAACAAUCAUUAAAACUACCAGACACCAGAUGGGCUAUUGGAGGAAAUGCACCACUUAUGGCAAAGAGAUUCCAUUUAGAAGGAUGGAAAGUAUUGCUAGGUGCAAAAAUGAGCAAAAAAUUAAAAAGUUACAUUCCAAAAGACAUAGAGAUAGUUGGUGAUAAUGGAAAUGAAGAAGUAAAGGAUGAUAUCCACAUGAUAUUAGAAUAUAGGGCUGAUGAAAAGUUUGGUGAAUACAAAUCACCCAGAGCAAAUAGGUACAUCAUGCAUAAUGAUGAAAAUAACCCUCUACUAACUUCCUUAGAGAAGUUAGGAGAACAUCUAAUAACCUUCAGUCCAAACUUACUAGUUAUUAGUGGCUUACAGAUGAUGGAUAAUUUUCCAUUCAAACAAGAUGACAAAGAUUUAAGAGCUGAAAGGCUGGAACUUGUCAAGCAACAAAUUUUAUCUCAGCCAGUAAAUACAUUAGCUCACUUUGAAAUGGCAAGCUAUGUAGAUUUAGAAUUACUUUUACACUUAACAACAAAAGUAUUACCAUUUGUGGACUCAGUUGGUAUGAAUGAACAAGAACUGUCAAACCUCAAUAGUGUCUUGGAAUAUGGGAAAGUUAUGGUUGUUGCUGAUUCAAAUCCAAGAGUAGCUACAGCAUUGGACCAAAUGCGUAAAACAUUCCAACUAAUCAGACAGAAGAAUACAGAAAAUGGCAGCAAGAGAAAAUUGACACGCAUACAUGUACACACUUUAGCAUAUCAAGCCAUCUUAACUGUAAAGGGCUCACAUUGGAAGAGAACAAAGGCAGCUGCUGCUAAGGCUUCCUUAACAGCUCAUAGAUAUGUUUGUAAUAGUCAAAAUAUAGCUUUAGAUAAAUGUAAGCUUCUUCUAGACGACAGCUUUUCAACAACAACAGAUGAUAACAAUAACAGUAGGGUAUUUUUCGAAGCAACAAAGCCAGUAGCCUGCUGGGAUGAGGUGUUGGAUAAUGAUGAAGUAGAUAUUUGUGUGGCACCUGUUCUUAUUUGUACUGAAGCUCAGUUGACAGCUGGAGCAGGAGAUAACAUUUCUGCUGCAGGUUUAGUUUUACAAGUGGAGAAAUGAGUCUUAGGUUGAUAUGUCUUUAAAAAUAAAACAUGCGUUUUGAGCAAUUUGGUGUUAGGCAUAUUUUAUGAAUCGAAAUAUUUAUUUAUUGUUCUAAGAUUAAGACAGCUAAUAUUUAUGACUAAAGUUUUAAGCUCUGCUUGGAAUUUAUGUUUUUUUUAUUUACAAGUAUUUAAAUGUCCAACACUACACGGAGUAAGGCAUAGAACAAUACUUUUUUU